AUGCAAAGAGUGUUGUUUUGUGCUUCUGUGUCGGCGCUACUUCGACUCGAAUACUUACUCGCAACUGCUGUUCUAAACGCUUUAAAACCUGACUGGUCACAGAGCAAGAAACGUACUUUCUCUGUGCGUGUUGUCUCGUUCACUCAUGCCACACUUUCAUCUAUUGGAUGUCUCUACAGUCUUCUUUCCGAUCCGAACUACUUCAAGGAUUCGUACGUUUACAAAACAGACUCGGCACAAUACGUUUUUCUGUUCACGAUGGGUUAUUUUAUUUACGAUUUGAUCGAUAUGUUCAUUCAUGGAGAGGCGGGAUACUCGAAAGAGUACAUAAUUCACCACUCUCUUGUGAUCGUUGUAUUUUCUAUUAUUUUAAUUACUGGAAAAUUAUUCGGUUUCGCAAUGAUUGGGUUGUUAGUUGAGGUGCAGACGAUUUUCCUUCACUUGCGCACGAUGGUUCGUUUAGCCGGUCAUUCAAAACGUGGCACUCCAGCCUAUGAUUUCCUCAUCAACGCAAAUAUGAUAUGCUUGUUCCUCUUCAGGCACAUUCCAGCAACAUAUCUGUUAUAUGCAAUGCUUUUCAAAGAUGUAAACACUCCAUUCGUUCUUCGUUCGGUGCUGAUAGGAGGACUUGGAUUUCUCACCUACCAUAACGUACAUUUAACUAUGUCAAUGAUGAAAACUGACGGGUUUUUCGGUUACGAAAUGCAAUAUCUCGACGAAGACGAUGUUGAUCCACUUGGUUCCGUCAAGUCUCGUACCAACUCACGGUCGGCUAGCCUAGCCCAUGAAGCGGGAGGAAACGAAUGA